UGGCGCAGCGCUCGUCGCGUGCACUUCGAAUGCGCUCCGCGUUCUUUCAUCUCUAUCUUUCUUUUUCUGUAUCUUUUUCUCUCUCUCUCUCUCUCUUUCUCUAACUCGCUUUCUGUGUCGCUUUAUAUAUAUAUAUAUAUACACACACAUAUAUGUAUAUAUAUAUAUACAUAUAUCUCGCUCUCGCUCUAUCAUUCCUCUUUAAUUUUUUAUUUCGAAAAAAACAAAAUAUGUUCGGUCUAACAAUCGUUUUCAUUUCUACGUGUUAAAAAGGAAAUAGAAAAAAGAGAGGUAACGCUUGAAGGAAUUCGUGAAUUUUGUGACACGUGAUAUGAUUAUCGUCUCAGUGCUUGUUUGUGUUCUUAUCAUUCGAUUGCUUCGUUAAUUCUAAUUCGAUUGGAUUGUGAACUUGGCUCGAUGAUUAAUUUAAAAUGAUUCUUCAUUGUUGAAAGGGAAGAAUUUCUAAUUUAUUUCUUGUCCCUCCGUUCGUUUAAACACGACGAUAUAUAUUUGUAAAAGUAAGAUCGUGUAUAAAAGAAAGAUGUUGAAACACGUGUCGGUGUCGCCAUGGAGAGGGCGAGCAGACAGCGUGAGUCUAUCUUCGAGCGGGGGUGCAAGUAGUUGCGGAAGCGGAAGUCCAACCCCUGGUCACACGCCACCACCGUCGAGAGCAUCGUCCUGUGCAUCUUUAGCACCCUUGACCGCUCUCUCGAGUUUUUCUCCGGCUGAUACAGCACCACAACAGACGACUAUAAAGGUGUAUGCAAAUUGUCUACGACCAGAUAUCGAGUACAAAACCCUGAGCAUUACCUAUGAGACAACGUGUCGCGAGGUUGUUCAAAAUUUGUUAAACAAAUAUCGUAUGAGGCACCGUGACCCAAGACUCUUUUAUAUGACCAUGGAAGUUACAGUAAGAAGGGCCAAUGUACGUACAAUUUUGCCACUCGACGAGGACGCCAGACCUGCUGUACUUCAAUCUUGUCAUCCACGAGGCGAUUCCAGAUUUUCUUUACAGACACGUCGUGGCGGUCUUGUGAAAAUAUACGAUAGUGCUCUCAUGUCUGGCUCAAAGUACAAGAGUCUGCUCGUUUCCGAACAGACCACCGUGGACGAACUGAUCCAGAUGUUAUUGAGCUGCUAUAGUUCGAAAGAACGGGUUGAACAAUUUUCUUUAUACGAAGUCUGUGAAGGGGAGGAAUAUCAGAGGAAACUUCAUCCAGAUGAUUCACCUCUUAAAGUUACGCAACGAUGGACGAGCGCGGAUAGACAUUUACGUAUACGACGUAAUCCCGAUUAUAAUCCACACAGGAGAAAGAGUAUGUGGGCGUCGGACUCGAGUAUCAGUAUGGCGAUGUCGCGACUAAAUCUUCAUGGUGAUCAUCGUCAUUAUUCACAGAGCGAAAACAAUAAUCAUCUUCUUCUUCAUCAGCAUACCAAUAACAAUAAUAAUAACAAUAACCUCAAUCACAAUAACAACAAUAAUAACAACAAUAAUAAUAAUAAUAACAAUACGAGUACUACGAACAACAACGUUCACAAGCUCGAACAACAUCAUCACCAUCAUCAUCAUCUAUCGUUGGGUUCGAUCAAUCAACAAUCGAGAAUAGUUGUGGCGCACACAACGCAAUUGCCGCCAUUGCAAUUGUCGCGUGUGCAACAGCAACAACAACAACAGCAACAGCAACAACAACAACAACAACAGCAACAACAAUUGCCUCUGAGUGUCCCUUCAACGCCAAUCUCUUCAAAACAUGUUUCAACAGCUGCUUAUAAUGAUUAUGAAAAUUAUCUCUUUAUAUGAGUGAUCAUUAACGAACGAUCAUGCUCGUUCGUUUCUGUUAAAAUAUACUCUCCUUUCGUAUCCAAUGAAAGAGAUAUAAUAUUCAUGAGAGAUUACGAUGUAGUACAAGAAUUUUUUAAUGUUAAGAAGUUAACGUUAUUACCUGAUUUAUACUUAAAACUCCAUUCUUUAUUUACGUUAGACUUUACACGUAACGCAUUCGUCGUUGUUCCUUAUCAAAGCGAUCUGAGGAAAGAUCUAUCGAUCUUUUCUGUUUCUACCAAAAAAGAAAAGAAAAAGAACAGGAAAAAGAAAAACGUAAGAAGGAAGAAUAAUUGAUGAUUAUCAAAGGACAUGGUCGACGUUCAUUAUGCUACGAAACAAAGAGAAUCACGAUUGUAGUCAGUAGAAGAGAAAAAUUGUACCAAAGGUAGAUCUACGAAAUGAUUAAUAAAAAAAAAAAAAACAAAAAAAAAGAAGAAAAAAGAAAGAAAAAAAAUAUAUAUAUAUAUAUAUGAAUAUAAUAUAGAUGCAUAUUAAAUGUACUAUUGAAUAUUUUGCUUUUAGAGCAAGAUUACGUAUGAAUUUUUUUGAUCGCGAUUAUGUAUUAUGUAUUAUUACUAUUACUAUUAUUAUUAUUAUUAUUAUUAUUAUUAAAUACUAUUAUUAAUAUUAUAAUUAUUAUUAUUAUUAUUAUUAUUAUUAUUAUUAUUAUUAUUAUUAUUAUUAUUAGUAAUAUGUAAUCUUCUUAGGAAGAUUGAUUUUCCGUCGAGUGGUAAACAAUUAGUGCAAGAAUGACGUCAUUUGUAUACCCCGCGAGAUGAUCGCCUAUUUAUUUAUGUUACCCCAGUAAAACAUUUUUCUGUUUUUUUUUUUUUUUUUUUUGUCAAAGUCACUUAAAAAUUUAAAUUAUUCCUAUAUAUAUACACACAUAUACUGUCCUCGACUGUGUCUCUGUAAAAAAAAUCUCGUCGUGCAAUCCGAUUGGACAGUAUCUAAUAUGGGUAUUCCGUACUUGUUGUUAUGUAAAUAAUAAUCAAACAAAUAAUUUCUCCUGAUAGAAUAAUUUUCGAUGAAAAAAACAAAAAGGGGAAAAACCAAAAUCGUGUCUAACAUUUCUUUAUGUAAGUUUUUAAUUAUCGCGUUUUCGUUUUAUUGAGAGACUCGGUGCUGGCGGCGCAUCUUAUUACCAAAGAAUCGGUACGAUAUGUAUAAAUGAAAAUAAACAAGAAAAAAAAAAAAAAGAAAAAGAAGAGAAAAAAAAUGAUAAUAAAAAAAAAGGAAAAAAAAAAACAAAUAAAUACAAUAAAGGAACUGGCAGCCGAGUUAUGUAAUAUGUGCAAGGAUGUACGAAAAAAAAAAAAAGUAACGCGAUUGCACGUAAUCGUAUUCACGCGUUGUAAGUACCUAGAUAAUGUAAAUAAAUUUUUGUAAUGACGUCGUCGUUUGUUAUAUUUUACUACACGAGAGAAUAUAAGAUUAAUAAUUUGUGUCCCUUCCCUCUCGUAAAUAUAUAUAUAUAUAUGAUCUAUUUUAUUCUUACCUUUUCGACAGUGUUGGAAUCGAAAUGUCUGCUUAAAAAGAAAAGGCAAAAAAGAAGAAGAAGAAAAAAAAAGAAAGAAAAAGCGACAAAAAAAGUAAUAAAUUAUACUCAAAUAUUUCCGUGUGAUGAUAAAAAUUUUAUUUACAAAUGCGACAAAUGUAGGAAUUUGGUUAUCGGUAAAAUAUCAGAGAGAGGGAGAGAGAGAGAGAGAGAGAAAAAAAACAGAUUCCGACAUUUUUCUUUGCAUACAUAUAUAUAUAUAUAUAUAUAUAUACAUAUAUAUACAAUAUAUAUAUAUACAUAUAUAUAUAUAUAUGUAUACAAAUAUAUAUGUAUACACAUAUACAUACAAAUUUUCUAUAAUAAAAAAACACCUGCUUCCCCGUCCAAAAGAUAGUCCCUUGUCGAUACAACUCAAUUGACAGGAAAAUAGACUAUAACUGUUAUAUAUCGAUGAUCUCUCGAUCAUUAAUCGAUAAUAAUGCAAUCGUCGUCAUCGUAAUCAUCUCACCGCUCAUCUCUCUCCGAGAUAUCACCGACCUUUAGGAAAGAAUCACUGAGAUGUGUAACAAUAAUAAUAAUCUUUACAUUAAAUACGAUUAAAUUCUAGCUAAUUUGGUAUCUUUUUGUUCUUUUUUUCUUUUUUCUUUUUUUUCUUUUUGUUGCUGUCUUUUUUUUUUCCUUCAUAUAUUUUCUUUUCUUUUCUCUUUUUUUUUUUUUUUUUUUUUUCUUUGCUCUCAAAGGGCUAUGCGGAAUUACAGUAAAUAGAAAUAUUUAUUUCUCAAAGUAAAAGGGAUUUUUCUCUUAUGUUCUUCCAUCCCUUUUUCCUUUCUUCUCCAGUGGGAUCGUUUGUGGGAUAGAUGAUUAGUGUGUGUGUGUGUGUAUGUGUAUGUGCGCGUGUGUUUGUUUUUUUUUUUUUUCAUUUUUUUUUCUUUUCUUUUCAUUUUUUUUUCUUCCAUUCGAAGGGAACGUAUUCGAAAAGGGAUAUACCUGUUUUUUUUUCUUUUUUCGUUCGGUUUUUAGUUUCAAAGGAUAACAUCACAGCAUUGACAUAUCAACAUUGAAACAAUCGAGGCAACGCUCUCUCUCUCUCUCUCUUUCUCUCUCUCUCUCUCUCUCUUUCUUUCUAUCUUUCACUCGCUCGCUCAUAUCAUAAAGAUUUAGUAUAUUCGAUCUAUUUCGAUCCUUACGAAGGAGAGAUUUCGCGAUCUGUGCGUUGCAACGAUCGUACCACUUUUCAUUUUGCUAUAGAACAAUUUACAACAUCUCGUUAAUUAGUCGCCUCAAUUCCAUUUCCGAAUAAACCAUAGCUCUCGCACAUAUUAUACAUACAUGUGUAUUCUCUCUCACUCACACACAUUCUCUCUCUCUCUCUCUCUCUUACUUUCAUUCGCGUUCAUUAUUCUCUUGUUUAUUUUCACGAUCAGAAAUAAUCGUAAUUUAUAAUUCGUUCAUAAAUCCCUCUCUCUCUCUCUCUCUCUCUCUCUCUCUCUCUCUCUCUCACAUACAGUUUCAUUCUCACUUUAUUUAAUCUCUUUUCGAUCUCGGUAUGCAACAACAAUGAAAUAAAUUUCUUUCGUGGAAAACGAAUGGAUAGCUCGUCGUUCGAUCGUCGUUUCAAAUGAUGAUAUCGAUUCGAUCGAUCGAUCGAUCAUCGAUCGAUCGAAUCUCGAACGUGGGAAACAUAUAUAGAAGAUAUAAUAUAUAUUAAGGGAGAUCUUUGAUCCAACGUACCAGCCACACAAGAAAAUUCGCCGAGGACGAUCGAAUGUCCGCGUGCGUGUUGAAAUCAUUAAUGUCCCGAUAAUUCCAUCUUCUUUUUGUUCUUCCAUUUUUGUUCUCGUUUCUAAUUUUACUCAUUUUCCCCACUCCCCAUUCCUUUUUCAUUCUAUUUAAUUAUUUUCGUUAUUUCUAUUACACGCAAUUAAGGACAAUACCGUCCCCGGAGAGAUAACGAUUGAUUCGAAGUGACGAUCUAACGCGCGAGGACGGUUACGGUAUGUAUACAAUGAUUUAUAUUUCAAAUGAUUCAAUUAAUCAAUCGAUUCAUAUCAUUUUACAUUAGAUUCGAUGGUAAAUUCCUUUUUCUUUUCUUUUCUUUCGAUCAAGAAAUCAUUACAAUUUUCUUUUCUUUUCUCUUCUCAUCUCUUCUCUUCUCUUCUCUUCUCUUCUUUUUUUUUUCGCAUUCAACACAUAAUACAACACGAUUAAUAAUCAUUUUAAUAGACAGUAUAAUAUAUGGAGAACAUUUUUAUGAAAUUAAUUAAAUUUUUAUUAUAUUCAACAUAAAA